GGCGCAAACAAAGCGAGCAAAAGGAAAAGCAUCCGUCGUCUCCCACAAAUUCGACCACCGUCUAAUCCUCGGUGAUCGUUUCGACCCGCCAAUGCAGAUGCCAACGACACGAUCUUCCGCAUUUCCUAAUUCGUGUUGUCCGAAUCAGCGCUAGCUAGCUAGAGCUAGGGCGUUCUUCCAAGAAGAAUAAGUAGAUUUGAUUGAUCCCUUGAUUGAUGUCGGCCGGGUUCGUGGGGGUGGUGGUCUCCGACCCCUCCCUGCAGGGCCACUUCACCCAGGUCGAGCUCCGAUCCCUCAAGGCCAAGUUCUUGUCUCUGAAGAGGGACUCCGGCGGCCAUGUCACCACCAAGAACCUGCCGGGGCUGAUGAAGAAGCUCAGGGGGCUCAGCGACGUGGUUUCCGAGGACGACAUUGCUGCAUUCUUGUCGGAGGUCUACACCGACGCCGACCAAGAGAUCGAGUUCGAGUCAUUUCUCCGGGAGUACCUGAACCUGCAGGCGAGGGUAAGCUCCGACCAGGGCGCGAGCAAGAGCUCGUCGUCGUCGUUCCUCAAGUCGAGCACCACCACGCUGCUCCACAACCCUAACCAGGCCGAGAAGUCAUCCUACGUGGCUCACAUCAACAGCUACCUCGGCGACGACCCGUUUCUGAAGAAGUAUUUACCCAUGGACCCCGAGGGCGACGACCUGUUCAACCUCGUCAGAGACGGCGUGGUGCUCUGUAAAUUGAUCAACCUAGCUGUGCCCGGGACGAUUGAUGAGAGAGCCAUCAAUAAGAAGAGGGUCCUUAACCCAUGGGAGAGGAAUGAGAACCAUACACUCUGCCUCAACUCUGCAAAGGCUAUCGGAUGUACCGUUGUCAAUCUUGGUGCCCAAGACCUGGUCGAAGGACGGCCUCAUCUAGUUCUCGGGUUGAUAUCUCAAAUCAUAAAGGUAUAUCCUAUACAACUUUUGGCUGAUCUUAAUCUAAAGAAGAUGCCACAGCUGGUGGAAAUUUUCGAUGACAGCAGGGAUAUAGAUGAAGUGCUGAGUUUAUCACCCGAAAGGUUGCUUCUCCAGUGGAUGAACUACCAUAUCAAGAGAGCUGGCUACAAGAAAACUAUUAACAACUUCUCUUCAGAUGUCAAGGAUGGUGAAGCCUAUGCCUAUCUUAUCAAAGCACUUGCUCCAGAGUAUUCCUCUGAAACUUCAUUCGAGACUAAGGAUCCUACGGUAAGGGCAAAGAUGGUGCUUGAACAAGCAGAUAAGUUGGACUGCAAAAGAUAUUUGAGCCCGAAGGAUAUCACCGAGGGCUCUCCAAAUCUAAACCUUGCAUUUGUUGCACAAAUAUUCCAACAUAGAAAUGGAUUGACUACUGACACAAAACAGAUCAAUCUCACGCAGUCAGCGUCCCGAGAUGAUAUUAUAUUAUCCAGAGAAGAAAGAACCUUCAGAAUGUGGAUCAACAGCCUCGGAAUUGCGACGUACGUGAACAACUUGUUUGAAGAUGUUCGAAACGGGUGGGUUCUUCUAGAAGUGCUCGACAAAGUCUCUCCAGGAUCUGUCAACUGGAAGAUAGCAACGAAACCUCCAAUUAAAAUGCCAUUUAGAAAACUGGAGAACUGCAAUCAGGUUAUUAAAAUCGGGAAGCAGCUCAAGUUUUCCUUGGUGAAUUUAGCUGGAAAUGACAUUGUUCAGGGAAACAAGAAGUUGAUUGUUGCGCUUCUAUGGCAACUGAUGAGAUUCAAUAUGCUUCAGUUGCUAAACAAACUCAGAUUCCACUCUCAAGGGUCCCAAGGAAAAGAAAUAACUGAUGCUGAUAUCUUGAGUUGGGCGAAUAACAAAGUGAAGGCUUCCGGGAGAAAUUCUCGAAUCGAAAGCUUUAAGGAAAAGAACCUAUCAAGUGGGAUUUUCUUCCUUGAACUUCUUAGUGCUGUACAGCCAAGGGUUGUGAACUGGAAGGUUGUGUCGAAGGGCAUAGAAGAUGAUGAGAAGAAGCUAAAUGCUACCUAUAUCAUCAGUAUCGCACGGAAGCUUGGGUGUUCUGUUUUUUUGUUACCAGAUGACAUUAUCGAGGUGAAUCAGAAAAUGACCCUAACUCUGACUGCUAGCAUCAUGUACUGGAGCCUGCAGAAACCACAACAGCCUGAAACAUCUGAACAGCCGGAACCAUCAUAUGUGGCUUCAGAUGCUGCUUCUGAUAUCGCCUCCGAGGAUGCUGCUUCGCCGAUGGCACCAUCAGAAGGAGAAGAGGUUAACUCAUUUCCUAUAAGUGUGUCCAACUUGCCAACGGACAACACUUCACAGGCUCAUGUUUGAAUUCUUUGUCUGAUAGUACUACCCCAGCUUAACCACAAUGGGCCAGAUCAUGGUACUGAUAUGACAACGAUAUGGAGAGAUGAUCUGUAGCAGUACUUACCCUCCAAUCAUUUUUCGUUCGCUAUCUUGCGCACAGAUAGAGCUCCGCAAAUUUGUUAUAUUUACUUAUUUAGUUUUCUGACUAGUUAGUGCACAUAGCAGUGCUCCCUAUAGAGGUGCUAUUUGUUCACUGAAUUUUGAUCUUAAUAUGAAAGAAGGGUAUAGAGGGCAUUCUUUUUUAUUGCAAUUUAUAUGCAAUGUUUACGAGAGGCCGUUUCUGAUGUCAACUGGAGCUGUUUAAAACCUUAAACUUGUUUGGCUUGUGCUAACAGAUGCUCGAAAUGUUGUAAGGUUAAGCUGUCAAUUGUGCAUUCAAGAAUUUAUUGUUAUCCAGAA